UAUACAUAGAAUUGUUUAAUUUUUAAAGUGCAGGUAUAUCGAUUUCGGUAGUGCACAAGAGACUACACACGUAUGAGCUUUUUCGUACAUGUUACUCGAUCAAUUUGAUAUAAUUGCAAGUGAUGUAGAAUAAUACUGGAGAAAUUGUCUUACGAGUCAACGAUUACGUCCACAAAUUGAGCAUGUCAAGGAGAAAAAGCGCAAGAGACAGACAAUACGACAACGUGGAUUACACUCAGCUAACCGAGACCGACCAUGGUUUCAUAGACUCACAAUUUGUGACACCACCAAUAAAAAUACCAUGGAAGGCUAUCACGCUCGCCACUAUGCUGUUUAUCGGAGGUACCGUGAUGCUGAGUAUAGGUAUCCUCAUCGUCACCGGCCACAUAGACACAAAAUAUUCAGAUAGAAUGUGGCCAGUCAUAAUUCUCGGUGCUUUGAUGUUUAUACCGGGUGCCUACCACGUCAGAGUGGCCAUCCAGGCGUAUCGGAAGGUGCCCGGCUACUCCUUCGACGACAUUCCUGAAUUCGAUUGAGACUAUCGUUUUUGUUGAUGAAAAAUUAUAGUGGCUGAGCGUGUACAUAACGUUUUUUUUCCAUGUUUUACCAAAAUGUGCUAUUAUUCGACGGCGAUCGACGAAAAAAAAAAAAAAAACUACCCGUUGGUCCUAAAAAGUUUUACAUUGAAUGAUUACAGAAAAAGCUGGAUUUUCCCAACAAUUCAUUAUAAAAUGAUACGAAAGUUCAGCUUAUCGGUGUUUUGCGAAUAUUCACGUGUAAACACGUUGGCUUUGCCUGUUUUUUAAUUACCGUGAUACGUGAAAUUUAUUUUUUCUUUUACUGAUGCAAUUAAUGUAUAAUAAACUAUUCACGAUGUGAUAACUGACAACUGGAUUAUUAUUAUCAUAAUUUAGUUGCACAAUAAAGACUUGCGAGUUCGAGCAACUCAAACUUUACAUACAAAUAGAAAAAAAUUAUUGACUAUUGAUUGUUGAAUUUUGUCUGAUUGAUUAUUUUAAAUUAUCAAAUAAAGACUUUUUAUA